GCGCAUGCGUGCCGCGGGGUAUGCCGGGAGCGCGCAGUGGCGGCACCGGCGGCGACAGCAGUCACAGCGGAGACUACAGCGGGGACGCGAGCGGGGCGGUGACCGUGUGGGAGGUGGUCUCACUCUUGGGGAAGCUGCUGGGCACCGUCGCCGCGCUGAAGGUGGUUCUGUACCUGCUCCGGGUGUGCUUAGCGAUGGCCUGGAAAUCCGGCGGCGCCAGCCACUCGGAGCUAAUCCACAAUCUCCGCAAAAAUGGAAUCAUCAAAACAGAUAAAGUAUUUGAAGUAAUGCUGGCCACAGACCGUUCCCAUUAUGCAAAAUGUAAUCCUUAUAUGGAUUCUCCACAAUCAAUAGGUUUCCAAGCAACAAUCAGUGCUCCACACAUGCUGAUAGACCAGUUAAAGCCUGGUGGGAGAUUGAUACUGCCAGUUGGUCCCGCAGGUGGAAACCAGAUGUUGGAGCAGUAUGACAAGCUACAGGACGGCAGUGUCAAGAUGAAACCCCUGAUGGGAGUGAUAUACGUGCCUUUAACAGAUAAAGAGAAGCAGUGGUCCAGGAUUUCCAGUGCUAUGUUGAAUAAAAGUGGCGAGAAUAACACCAUUCACAAGUUAAGAUUCUUAGUUUUUGGAUGUCUGUUAGAUGCCACUAAGAAAAUAGAGAUGAGCUUCCUUUUUAAAGCUUUUGAUGUGGUGUCCUAG